AGAGAAGCCAACUAAAGGACGAUGCGCGAUGUGUGACCACAUGGUUUCUGUUUAGAGAUUCUGUGGCGUAGAGCUCAGACUCAAUUAUUUAAAGGGUUCAAAGUCGGGCUGUGAAAUCGCGAGGAGCGUUUCUGGCGAUCGUGCACAAGUCUACCUGUGACCAAGCAGUCGGAAGGCUUGUGACAUGGAUGAGGAAGAGAGGCUGAAGGUGCUCGAAAAGCUUCAACAAGAUGAAGAGGAGUUCUUUGCCAACUUGAAACCAAGUAAAUAUCAGGAUGGCUGGAAAGAAGAAACCUGGGAAAAGGAAAUGGAAGAGCAUCCCUUGUUCGCGACAAAGCUUCCAGACAAUGCAGAUUUGCCACCCCUAGUAGAAGCCAUGCAGCAGUUAAAAUAUGAUGCUGAACUGAAUGGUCCGGAAGAUUUGGCUGAGCAGUACAAGGCUGAUGGAAACAACAACUUCAAGCUGAAGAAAUACCGCUGGGCGGUCAUUUCAUAUACAGAGGGACUCAGGCAGAAGUGCAAAAACCUUGAGCUUAAUGCCCAGCUGUACUGUAACAGGGCAGCAGCCCAUUUUCGGAUAAAAAAUUAUGGCUCAGCCUUGGCUGACUCAGCGGCUGCUUCAAAACUCAAGCCAAACUACACGAAAGCCAUGACGAAAGCUGCCCUAUGUUGCUGGGAAUUAGAACGCUAUCAGGAGUGCGUAGACUGGUGCAAGCAGCUCUUGGAGCUGGACCCUGCAAACACAGAAAUGAAGGUGCUGAAAGAGAAGGCAGAGAAAGCGCUGAAAUUAGAUGAGCGGAACCGAAGAAAAGCGGAGCUGAAGGCAAAACAGGAGGCCCAGAGAGAGGCAGCUCUCAGAAGUGCCCUUUUGGAACGGGGCAUUGAGCUUCCCAAAGCGAAGGAUGAGGAACUGGAAUGCAACAGCUUUGAAGCGCUCAUGCCCACCCACCCUGCCUUGCAGGGCCACAGAGUGCACCUGUCACCGACAGGUGAUGGUCUCGUGUGGCCAGCCAUUUUCCUCUACCCUGAGGUGAUGGAGUCAGACUUUGUGCAAAGCUUUGAUGAGUCCUCCACCUUCGGAGAGCAGCUUGAACUACUGUUUGGAGACCCUAACAGUCAACCCGAGUGGAAUGCCAGUGGUCGCUACACUCCCAACCAUGUUUCAGUUUGGUUCAAGGACCACUUCACCGGAAAGCCCGUGGCCAUCUCACCAGCGACUACACUGAGGACGGUAGUUUUUAACAAAAGGUUUCACAUCGACAAUGGGACUGCAUCCUUUUGGAUCUUACCCAAAGGCACUGAGUAUGAGGCACAUUUCCUUGCUGACACUGGCAGCAGAUGAUGUCCAGAAGAAAAUAAACAACAAACCAUUCUCGCCAUGCAAA